GUCAAACACGAAUGUCGUCAGUCGACUUGUACGCCCCUCUCUCAAUUGGUGAGAUUGAAUUUAAAUAUUAAUUUCUUAUGAAUUUGUUAGUUACUUGAUACUGCCUCUUAUUUAAACAAUUAAUUUCAAUUGUAGUUACAUUGUACUUUAGGGUGAAAAAACAGACAAUUUACUUAAAAUAAAAAUUGUAAACACAAGAAUAAAUCAAAAUGACUGAUUCCAAGUACUUUACAACUACAAAAAAGGGAGAAAUAUUUGAAUUGAAGUCUGAACUAAACAGUGAUAAAAAAGAAAAGAAGAAAGAAGCUGUUAAGAAAGUGAUAGCAUCCAUGACAGUUGGGAAGGAUGUCUCUGCACUGUUCCCAGAUGUUGUCAACUGCAUGCAGACCGACAACCUUGAACUCAAGAAGUUGGUGUAUUUGUACCUUAUGAAUUAUGCCAAGUCACAACCUGAUAUGGCCAUAAUGGCAGUUAAUACAUUUGUUAAGGAUCUACCAACAUACCAGCUUGUUAAGGAUUGUGAAGACUCAAACCCACUGAUACGAGCCCUCGCCGUGCGUACAAUGGGUUGCAUACGCGUGGACAAGAUUACGGAGUACCUCUGUGAGCCACUGCGGAAAUGUCUCAAGGACGAAGACCCGUAUGUAAGGAAAACUGCCGCUGUGUGUGUCGCUAAGUUGUAUGAUAUCUCACCCAGCAUGGUUGAAGAUCAGGGCUUUUUAGACCAAUUAAAAGAUUUGUUGAGCGAUUCAAAUCCAAUGGUAGUCGCUAAUGCUGUGGCAGCUCUAUCAGAAAUAAAUGAAGCUAGUGUUUCUGGACAUCCAUUAGUUGAAAUGAACGCGCCAACAAUAAACAAGCUGCUCACCGCACUGAACGAGUGCACGGAGUGGGGGCAGGUGUUCAUACUGGACGCGCUGUCCAACUACUGCCCGCGGGACUCGCGCGAGGCGCACUCCAUAUGCGAGCGCAUCACGCCGCGCCUGGCGCACGCCAACGCGGCCGUCGUGCUCUCCGCGGUUAAGGUGCUGAUGAAGCUGAUGGAGAUGCUGUCGGAGGAGGCGGAGGCGGUGAGCACGUUGUCGCGCAAGCUGGCGCCGCCGCUGGUGACGCUGCUGAGCGCCGAGCCCGAGGUGCAGUACGUGGCGCUGCGGAACAUCAACCUCGUCGUGCAGAAGCGCCCCGACAUACUCAAGCAUGAGAUGAAGGUGUUUUUCGUGAAAUAUAAUGAUCCGAUCUACGUGAAACUCGAGAAACUAGACAUCAUGAUCCGCUUGGCGUCCCAAGCGAACAUCGCGCAAGUGCUGGGCGAGCUCAAGGAGUACGCUACUGAGGUCGACGUGGACUUUGUGAGGAAAGCUGUCAGGGCUAUUGGCAGAUGUGCUAUUAAGGUGGAACCAUCCGCCGAGCGCUGUGUGUCGACCCUGCUCGAGCUGAUCCAGACGAAAGUCAACUAUGUGGUGCAGGAGGCCAUCGUGGUGAUCAAGGACAUCUUCCGCAAGUACCCCAACAAGUACGAGAGCAUCAUCAGCACGCUCUGCGAGAACCUCGACACUCUCGACGAGCCGGAAGCCAGGGCUUCUAUGGUAUGGAUCGUAGGGGAGUACGCGGAGCGUAUCGACAAUGCGGAUGAGUUACUGGACACGUUCCUGGAAGGAUUCCAUGAUGAGAAUGCUCAGGUGCAACUCCAACUGCUGACGGCGGUGGUGAAGCUGUUCCUCAAGCGGCCGGCGGACACGCAGGAGCUGGUGCAGCACGUGCUCAGCCUCGCCACACAGGACUCGGACAAUCCUGAUCUCAGGGACCGCGGCUUCAUCUACUGGCGGCUGCUGUCCACGGACCCGGCGGCCGCCAAGGAGGUGGUGCUGGCCGACAAGCCGCUCAUCUCGGAGGAGACGGACCUGCUGGAGCCCACGCUGCUGGACGAGCUCAUCUGCCACAUCAGCUCGCUCGCCUCCGUCUACCACAAGCCGCCCACUGCCUUUGUUGAGGGUCGCGGUGCUGGAGUACGCAAGUCGCUGCCGGCUCGCGGAGUUGGCUCUGAAGACUCGCAGCCACAGCCCACUGUCAUUCCCAAUCAGGCGCUUGUACAUGCGCAGGAGUCGCUAAUCGGCGAUCUGCUGUCGAUGGACAUCGGCGGCGCCCCGGCGGCGGGCGCCGCGCCCCCCGCGCCCCCCGCGCCGCCCGCGCCCGCCUCCAACCUGGACCUGCUGGCCGGCGGCCUGGACGUGCUGUUGGGCGGCGGGUCGCCCGCCACGACGGGCGGCAGCGCGACCGGGCUGCUGGGAGACAUCUUCGGCGUGGCUCCUCCCGCCAGCUUCGUGCCGCCCAAGCAGUGCUGGCUGCCAGCAGAUAAGGGAAAAGGCCUUGAGAUCUGGGGUACAUUCAGCCGACAAAACGGCCAACCCAGAAUGGAGAUGACAUUCACUAACAAGGCCAUGCAACCGAUGACCGGUUUCGCGAUACAACUCAACAAGAACAGUUUCGGCGUGUACCCGGCGGGCGCGCUGUCGGUGGGCGCGGUGGGCGCGGGCGCGCGCGCCGACGCGCCGCUGCCGCUCGCCACCGCCGGGCCCGUGCAGCGCAUGGAGCCGCUCAACAACCUGCAGGUGGCUGUGAAAAACAACAUAGACGUGUUCUACUUCGCGUGCUUGAUCCCCGCGCACAUCCUGUUCACGGAGGACGGCCAGCUCGACAAGCGCGUGUUCCUCACCACGUGGAAGGAGAUCCCGGCCGCCAACGAGGUGCAGCACACCAUCUCCAACGUGAUGGGCACCGCCGACUCCAUCGCGCAGAAGAUGAGCCUGAACAACGUCUUCACGAUCGCGAAACGCAACGUCGAAGGCCAAGACAUGCUCUACCAAUCGCUCAAACUGACCAACAACAUCUGGGUCUUGUUAGAACUAAAGCUGCAACCAGGGAACCCGGAAGCGACGCUCAGUCUCAAAUCUCGUACAGUCGAAGUGGCCACUUGUAUAUUCCAGGCCUACGAAGCCAUCCUCAAGUCGUAAUCUCGCCGUACGCUACAUGAUCUUGUUAUGAAAGUAUUCUUUAAUGUAAGUUAUCUAAAAGACUAAUGUGACUGUAAAUUCCACUAGUUGUAUGGAUGUUUGAGUUAUAGGAAAUGUAUUUAAGCUCUAUAAUAUGUUGCAUUCAUGGCGUAAUAUUAAAUAAUUAUAUGUUAUAUGUA